AAUGAAAAAAAUCAAUGAAUAAAAAUUCAAUUAAAACAGAGAUUUAUACUAAUUCUAAUCAUUUAGAUAAAUUUAAAUUAAAAUGCAAAAAAUGAAGAAAACAAAUGCACUUGCCCCUUGUUUACAUGGAAAAUGGAAAAAGAAAGAAAUGAAACAGUAUCUAUACAGUAUAAUACAGUAUAAAGUUACCUGUAACCUGUGUUUCAUUAUGUAAAGCAAAUAAACUGCUCUACUGAAUCUUCAAGCUACACUCUUAAAAUAAAGGUGCUUCACGAUGCCACAGAAGAACCUUUUUGUCUAAAUGGUUCCAUAAAGAACCUUCAACAUCUGAAGAACCUUUCUGUUUCACAAAAGGUUCUUUGUGGCAAAAGAAGGUUCUUCAGAUUAUAAAAAGGUAAGAAAGAGAUGGUUCUUUAAAGAACCUUUGACUGAAUGCUUCUUUGUGGACCCAAAAAUAGUUCUUCUAUGGCAUCGCUGUGAAGAACCUUUUAAGCACCUUUAUUUAUAAGAGUGUAACCUGUAAAAAUUCAGAUUUGGUCCUACUUAAAGAGAAAAAAGUUGGUUUAUAUGGCAAAUAAAAAAGAAAGGAAUUAAAACUCUCCCUAGCUUAAAGUUGCUUAUGUAAAGAUGUAACCUGUGUUUCAUUCUAUAAAAGCAAAUAAUCUGUUCUGAAUCUUCAAGCAAACCGGUAAACAGCCAUAUACUGGGCAGAGAAAGCAGCGUAAUCAUCCCGUGGGAGUCUGCCAGCGCUGGGAAGCUGAGCACAGGGUUAAAGGUAGAGUAAAGCACGUCAACACGGCGUCAGAGGGGCUGUCCUUCCUCCUCCUCCUCCCUCCACUUUCACUGCCCGCUGCACAAUGCUCUUCCUGCAGCUGAAUGAGGCUCUUUCUUUUCCUCUUUCUCCCUCGUUUCCUUCCCCUAAACCCUCGGCCGCUCUCAGAGGCUCGUGUUCUCCAGCAGAAUCAGGGCUGUAGUGAUUUAAACACGUGAAGGAGGAGCAGCAGAAGCCGCUGGAGGAGGAAAAGCCCCUUCUCGGAGGAAAGCAGAGCCAUGGAGAGCGACUCUCUCCCUCCUCUGCCAACCUUCAGCCCGGCCGUGCCUCCCUUCGUCAAGCUGGGGCUGACGGUGGCCUACACCGUCUUCUACUCGCUGCUCUUUGCGUUUGUGUACGUGCAGCUCUGGCUGGUGCUGCGAUACCGACACAAGCGCUUCAGCUACCAGACGGUGUUUCUGUUCUUGUGUCUGCUGUGGGCGGCUCUGCGAGCGCUGCUCUUCUCCUUUUAUUUCAGGGACUGCGUGACGGCAAACACGCUCGGACCCUUGGCUUUCUGGCUGCUCUACUGUUUUCCAGUCUGCCUGCAGUUCUUCACGCUCAGCCUCAUGAAUCUGUACUUCGCACAGGUCAUUUUCAAGGCGAAGUCUAAAUAUUCACCAGAACUUCAGAAGUACAGGCUGCCGCUGUACCUGCUCUUCCUGGGCAUCAGCAUCAUCUUCCUGCUGGUGAACCUGACCUGUGCUCUGCUGGUGAAGAUGACGAAGGCCGACACAGAGACUGUAGUGCUGGUGCGCGUGGCCAUCAACGACACACUGUUCGUCCUCUGCGCCAUCUCACUCUCACUGUGUCUCUACAAGAUCGCCAAGAUGUCUUUGGCCAACAUCUACCUGGAGUCCAAGGGGACAUCCGUGUGUCAGGUGACUAUAAUCGGAGCGACGGUGAUCCUGCUGUACUCGUCCCGUGCGUGUUAUAACCUAGUGGUGCUGGCACUGGCAAAAAUCAAGAGCAUCAACUCAUUCGACUACGACUGGUACAACGUAUCAGACCAAGCAGAUCUGAAGUCGACGUUGGGCGACGCUGGAUAUGUGGUUUUUGGGGUGAUCCUGUUUGUUUGGGAGCUGCUGCCCACUUCACUGGUGGUCUUCUUUUUCAGAGUCCGUAAGCCGACUCAGGAUCGAAGUGUGUCAGUGAUCCCCGGCCGCAUGUUCUCAUCUAGAGCCUAUUUCUUUGACAACCCACGGCGUUACGACAGCGAUGAUGAUCUCGCAUGGAGUAUCAUCCCACAAAACAUUCAAGCCAGUGUUACGCCGGACGGUUAUGAUUGGGGUAGUCAAAACAACAGUUUCACCGCACACGUUGAAGGUGAAGAGUCUCAUCUAGCGCCAGAGGAGCUGAAUCCCUACUAGAACAUUCCCAAUGAGGAGUGGUAUUAUUUUGCACAUUCCCCAUCACUGAUGGGAAAUAUUACAUACCACAGAUGUCUUUACCGCUAUUUAUUACGGUAUUUCAACAUGAUACAACAGUACAGCUCUGGAAGCAAAACUACCAAUCAUUUUCUCCCAAAAGAAAUCAAUUCUUACCAAUAAUGUGCAAAAUUUUCUGGACAGUGAAGUGUUAAUAUUCGUUUCCAUAGAAGUAAAUGUGAUUUCAAAUACACUACCCAGAGAUCAAUCAGAGAAAUCACUGUUAUGAUGAAAACGGUUCCAUUCAAUCCCAUGAUUCAAUGCAAAUUAAUUAAUCGUGUCUGCCUUCCUACAUUCUACAUAGUAAUACUUGUAUAUUUAAAUAUUUUGAUUUAAAUAUUUGUAUUUAUAUAAAAUAUUUGCAUUUUGUAUUUAAAUAUUUUAAUGUAAAUAUAAAUGACUCCAAGUCAAUAGUUUUAUAUUACACAGCUGUUUUUGAUUUGAUUAUUUGCAAUGCAUCAUGGAAAGAGUAGUUUACUGCCUCAUUAAAAAAAAAAAAAUUAAGUAUGAUUUUUUGUACAAACACAAACUGAAAUACUCAUUACAUUCAUUACAAAACAUUACAUUCAUCAAAAGUAUUACAUCUUUUAAUAGUUUUAUUAUUGUACGGUUGUUUUUGAUUUGAUUAUUUGCAGUGCCUCAUGGGAAGAGUAGUGCAUUGCCUCAUUAAAGAAAUUAAACAUGAUUUCAAAUACAAAUUGAAAUCCCGAUGGAGAAAAUGAAUGGGGAAAAUAUUUCCAGAAUCAGUGCUGCUGAAAAUGUUGUUGUUGUUUGUCGCGUUCAUUUCUUUAAACUUGUAGGCCAGUAGUUCUCAUUUCAGAUGUACAAAACUUCUCUGAAUUAUUCUGUACAAGCUAUUUUUCUGAGUUUGCACUGUCAAUUAUAUACAGAAGAAUAUAUAUGAAUUAAUAUAUUAAGUAUACUAGAUAAGUAUGCUAACAUUCCACUGUGUGAAAAAGUUUUUGUUGCUAUUUUUGUAUUGCUGCUCCAUAAACAAAAUCAUUAUCAGUUCUGUUCAGAUUCGGACACAAACCUGUUUAACAAAACCAGAUGAAGGAAAUAAUUCAUUUCAUAUUUACUUGGCCUGAACUGUGAAAAUGUUAUUGACACUCUCCCAUUGAAAAUUUAUAUUUUUGGAGACGUUUUUCUAUAGGCACCUGCAAUAUAAUGCAUUAACAGAUGAUCACUAUAGACAAAACAAAAAAAUAAUAUAUUUUGAAAUGUUGGGAAGUGAAUGAAGGAGUUUGUUUUUUUGUCCAUUGUUUUUAUAAUUGCAUUUUUAGUGUUUGAUUGUACAGUUUGUAGCUUUUGCACUUUGUAAGACUUUGUCUGACUUUGUUUUCUACAUUAAUAAAAGAAAAAUUCUCUAUA